AUGGGGAAGGAAAAAAAAGUGAACAACCCUAUGAGGGAAAUCAAGGUCCAGAAGCUCGUCCUCAACAUCUCUGUCGGUGAGAGCGGCGAUCGUCUCACCAAGGCCACCAAGGUCUUGGAGCAACUCAGCGGCAAGACCCCUGUUUUCUCCAAAGCUCGGUACACUGUGAGGUCUUUCGGAAUCAUGCGUAAUGAGAAGAUCGCUUGCUAUGUUACUGUUAGGGGAGAGAAGGCAAUGUCACUGUUGGAAAGUGGGCUGAAGGUGAAGGAGUAUGAGCUUUUGUGUAAGAACUUCAGUGAUACUGGCUGCUUUGGAUUUGGUAUUCAGGAGCAUAUCGAUCUUGGAAUUAAGUGA